AGCUUCUUCUGUGAUACUCCUGCGCGAAACACUUCCUUCUGCUGCUGCUGCUACUUCUGCCGUUGCUCCCCUCCGAAUCACUUCCCCUGCGAAUCACGUUUCGUUCGAUCAAGGUUUUAAAAUAUGGCUGAUGCCGAGGACAUUCAACCUCUUGUUGUUGACAAUGGAACUGGAAUGGUCAAGGCUGGUUUUGCAGGUGAUGAUGCUCCUAGGGCCGUGUUCCCCAGUAUUAUUGGGCGACCACGUCAUACUGGUGUAAUGGUUGGGAUGGGCCAGAAGGAUGCUUACGUGGGUGAUGAAGCCCAGUCGAAAAGGGGUAUACUCACCCUGAAGUAUCCUAUAGAGCAUGGCAUAGUCAGCAACUGGGAUGAUAUGGAAAAGAUUUGGCAUCACACAUUUUACAAUGAGCUUCGUGUUGCCCCUGAAGAACACCCUGUACUUCUUACUGAGGCUCCACUCAAUCCCAAGGCCAACAGAGAGAAGAUGACUCAAAUUAUGUUUGAGACUUUCAAUGUUCCUGCAAUGUACGUUGCAAUUCAGGCUGUUUUGUCUCUGUAUGCCAGUGGACGUACUACAGGUAUUGUGCUUGAUUCUGGUGAUGGUGUGAGCCACACGGUGCCCAUAUAUGAAGGUUAUGCCCUUCCUCAUGCAAUUCUUCGUUUGGACCUUGCUGGCCGUGAUUUAACCGAGUACCUGGUCAAAAUCCUCACUGAGAGAGGAUACUCUUUCAGUACCUCUGCCGAGAAGGAAAUUGUCCGUGAUGUGAAGGAGAAAUUGGCAUAUGUGGCCCUUGAUUUUGAGCAAGAAAUGGAGACUACUAAGAGUAGCUCUGCAGUGGAGAAGAGCUAUGAGUUGCCUGAUGGACAGGUCAUUACAAUAGGGUCUGAGAGAUUCCGUUGCCCAGAAGUUCUCUUCCAGCCUUCUCUAAUUGGUAUGGAAGCUACUGGAAUUCAUGAAACUACAUACAACUCCAUCAUGAAAUGUGAUGUUGAUAUCAGGAAGGACCUGUAUGGAAACAUUGUGCUUAGUGGUGGGUCUACUAUGUUUCCUGGAAUUGCUGACCGUAUGAGCAAGGAAAUUAGUGCUCUUGCUCCAAGCAGCAUGAAAAUCAAGGUGGUUGCACCUCCUGAGAGGAAGUACAGUGUCUGGAUAGGUGGUUCUAUCUUGGCAUCACUUAGCACCUUUCAACAGGUUUGUACUGAUGCUUUUUUCUCAACUGUUCCGUUUUUUAUCCUUAAGUGUCACAUUCAAUGGAAUGGAUUGGUUUAUGGAAUUCGUUGGGUGCUUUCUUUGUCUCUUCUAUGCAGAUGUGGAUCUCUAAGGGUGAAUAUGACGAAUCAGGGCCAGCUAUUGUUCACCGAAAGUGCUUCUAAGUUGGGUCAAGUUGAGCUGGAUGGUGAUAUAGUUCUUCAUGCGCCCAGUCUUGUGCCAUAUUUCAGUCAAGUUUGGUUGACUUAUUUGAUGCUUUGGGUUUUUAAUAGAGAAAUAUCUAGUUUAAUGAAUGGAUUUGUAAGAUGAGUAUGUUAUAUGUUUCCCCGUUAGGUCCUUGGAAGCCAGACUAUUUUAUGCAAUUGGCGGAUGGUAUUGGAACUUUGUAGGUUCUGUUUGGUUUGAUUUUCCUUUUAUUCGAUUUUCAUGCUGUGGCCAUGAAUUAGGUGCCUCGAGUUAGGAGGACGAUUAGUUCCAGCAUCUUUUCUCCCAGACAGGGAUUUUUGAGUCAGUUUCUGUUUAUAUUUAUUAUAUGUUUAAUUG